AUGAAUGACACAGAUAACAUCAUCGAAUCUUUACUCCUAGUCAUUCAGCUCCAGUUAUCUGUCUUAUGUGCUAAUCAAGAACAAAUUAAGAUGGAUAUUAACAGCCUUAGAAAUGAAAUAAUGAUCAAAGGAUCUCCAAAGCAAAAUCUCUCUUUGUUUAUUAAUACUUCAAGUGAGUUUAUUUUCAAACCUGUGAUCAAUAUUCGUAAUGUCACUUUAGAAUAUGUUUACCAAAUGAUGAGUCAACAUCUUGGAAUCAAGGUUACAGCAUCCAAAAAAGCAAUAAUCAGGACCUGUACGAAACUUGUAUGUAACGAGUUAGCCACCCUUCCUUCUGUACGAGCUCUUGGCCCUCGUCCUAGUUGGGGGUCCAUAUCUUCAUGUGAUCGAACAAUAAUUUGCAAUAAACAUGCAAACAUGCUUAAGAUAGUUGUUAUAGAUUUCACCAGAUGCCAUCAAAAUUGGGCAUUCAUUCAAGAGUCAGUCAUCUCUGGAAAGACCAUCAAAGGAGGCAAUUUGUAUAAACAAAGAAGAAAUGAAAGAAGCUGUGGUAGUCAUUAUGUGCUGUUUAUCUGUUCUUACAGAAAUAUAAUUGUUUACAGCUGGCUUAUUGGUGCAGUGAUAUUCUUUUUCCAGCAUGAGAAUUCACUUGGCUCUCUUUGUUUUCUUGUUUUUGUUGAAGAAAUGAAGGAACAUGAUGCAACUGCCCAUGACUCAUCUGUAACAAUUGUUAAAAAAUAG